AUGGCUUCCUCCACGACGCUACCCGACUGCGUGAGCUACGUGGAGGCACAUCAUCGCUUUAUGGCACUAGAAAGUCCCAUUACGGCCGUGUAUGAUACGAAUUCGAAAGCUUAUCAGGAUCAAUUGACACAAUCGUUGCAAUACAUGAAGAAAUGUAUUCACCAGCGGCAAUUGGACGGUGUUUUGUCAAUGAAUGAGCGUUUCUUUGAGCUACAGAACACGCAGCUAUACGGCUUUUGUAUUGAGUACUAUCUGGGUAUACUUACACCCAAGCAGGCCUUCUUCCAGCAGACGGAAGAGACUAGAUCACAAGAACAACUCCAGCAUUCCGACGAGCAAAACAAGCGACGAUGUGGUCCCACAGAUCACACGCGCAAUGUCGUCUACCGCAUCAAGAUUUUACGUGAAGCCGAUAUGUUUUUGACUGAUUUCCUGGACCGUGCUGAGAGUGUUGGCAUUCUUUUAGAGAAGAAACGACGUGAGCAGUACGAACGACUGGAGAGCAAGCAGUUUUCACUCUCGAGAGACGAAAAGAUUCAACGGUUUCAGCAGCAGCGAGAGAUGGAGAAAAAGCUGAUGGAAGUACAAAAGCGGCGUGAGGAAAAGAGUGACACAAAUGUGGGUGGAGAACAGAAAGAGGACGUGGAUGAGCUGGAUGAGGAUAUAGACGACGUGGUGGACUUGGAGCGCGAACAACUUAUGACAUAUAUCCAACUGGCGGUACUGAAGUCCAUGGAGGAGCAGGCGUCGAUUAAUCAGGAGAAGGAGAUGCUUGAGACCAUGCUGAAGAUGAAUGCGGCCACGGACAAGCAGGAUUUGUUUUCGGAAGCGCAUCGACCGCCACCGGCACCUCAGGGACAGGGAAUUGAGGUGACGCACAUUAAUCCGCAGAUGGAAAUGCAACGCGAGACAAUUCGUUCGGGAGUGUUCAAACCUGGCCACCGACUACCAACAAUGACGUUGGAGGAGUAUGCAGACCAAGAGGUGGCUGGUGCCGUGGAGCGCCAGAAAAGAGAGCAGGAGUCAACGCAGGGACCGCGUCGGUAUGACCAGCUCGUGGAGGACGGAGACGAGGACUUUGAGGCGUUAGUAGAAGAAGCGGCACUCAAGGACCGCGCUUGGGAUGACUGGAAAGAUGCGAACGAGAAGGGAAUUGGCAACAAAAAGGGCUCGCAAUUCUAG